AUGCAAUGCAAACAAUUAGAGGUUUUGAAGAACAACUCUAAUGGAUCUGAAUCUGGCUCAUUGUUUAGCUGUAUGAAUCACACUCUUACUACAUUUGGCUCAAGGCUUCUCAGACACUGGGUGAGUCAUCCUUUACGUGACGGAAGCAUGAUCAGUGCACGUCUGGAUGCUAUUUCUGAGAUUCUUGAAUCAAUGGGUUUUUCUAAAAAAUUUAAUGAUGGAAAUGGAAGACACACUGAUGUCAAUCUUCAUCAACUUCUUAGUUUAGUUCUUACUAAUUUAGGAAAGUUACCUGAUAUUCAACGUGGAAUUACUAGAAUCUUCCAUCGAACUGCCACAGCAUCAGAGUUCAUAGCAGUCAUUCAAGCCAUCUUAGUGUCUGGAAAACAACUUCAGAAGCUUCAAGUUGAAGAAGACAAUGAAGUCAACCAUGUGGAAAAGACCAUUCAGUCCCUGUUGCUAAAAAAGUUGAUUCUGACUGCAUCAUCAUCCAGCAUAAUUUCCACAUCAGCAAGGCUGUUGUCUGCCUUGAAUACAGAAGCUGCUGAACAGCGUGAUAUUUCCAAUCUGUUUGUCGUUUCUGAAGGUCGAUUUCAAGAGAUUGCUACAGCAAGGAAUAAAGUGAAACAAGAAAAAGAUAAGUUAGAUUUAUUAAUUAAUAUAUACCGCAAACAACUGAAAAAUCAGAAAUUGGAAUUCAUGAGUGUGUCUGGGACGACACAUUUGAUAGAGUUACCAGCAAAUGUAAAGGUGCCUUCGAACUGGGUGAAGGUUAACAGUACCAAAAAGGCAAUACGCUAUCAUGCACCGGAGGUAUUAACAGCUUUAGACCAUUUAUCAUUAGCAAGUGAGGAGCUUGCUAUCGUGUGCCGUUCCACUUGGCAGAAGUUUCUAGAAGAAUUCACCGGUUUCUAUCAAGACUUUCAGAGUGCUGUUCAAGCCCUAGCAUCCUUAGAUUGCUUACAUUCUCUUGCUCUACUUGCAAGAAAAAAGGAUUACACUCGCCCUGUUUUUGUUGAUGAUAAUGAACCUGUUCAAAUCUGUAUAUCAUCAGGUCGUCAUCCGGUUAUGGAGACAAUGUUAGAAGACAAUUUUGUUCCAAACGAUACAAAUUUACAUUCAGAAGGAGAGUAUUGUGAAAUUGUGACGGGACCAAAUAUGGGUGGAAAGAGUUGUUACAUACGACAGGUGGCACUGAUUGCCAUCAUGGCACAAGUGGGUUGUUAUGUGCCUGCCACGUCAGCAAAGCUCCAUGUAUUAGAUGGGAUCUACACACGAAUGGGGGCUUCUGAUAGCAUCCAACAGGGAAGGAGCACGUUUCUAGAAGAGUUAGGUGAAGCUUCUAACAUACUUCACGCCUGCACAAACCGUUCUUUAGUGAUUCUUGAUGAGCUUGGGAGAGGCACUAGCACGCAUGAUGGUGUAGCCAUUGCUUAUGCUACACUGCAGUAUCUUGUAGAACAAAAGAGAUCCAUGGUGUUGUUUGUGACUCAUUAUCCAGAAAUAGUUAAUAUGACAAAAGGGUUUGGUGGGCGUGUGGGGUCUUACCAUGUUUCAUAUCUGACAUCAUCAUCAUCGCAAAAAGACGAAUCUAACCCUUCUGGUUCCGACUAUGAAGAUGUUGUUUAUCUUUAUAAGCUUGUUCCUGGUGUUUCCGAAAGGAGCUUUGGGUUUAAAGUUGCACAGCUUGCUCAGAUACCUUUGUCAUGUAUAAAUCGAGGGAGUGAGAUGGCAGUGAAAUUGGAGGAGGUGGUGAGGGACAGAUGUAAAAGCAGGUUGGCAAUGGCAGAUAAGAAUUUACAAGAAAUAUUUUCAAAUUUGGAUUUGGCAUUUUUGGAAGAUGUUGAUCCUGUAAAAAGGUUUGAGCGUUUGAAGCAUGCCAGAAGCCUUGCACUUGCAUUGAGAAAUUAGUAAAAAGAGUUUUUCAUUUUGUUUCUGCUUCUAAUGUUCUUGUAAGACACUAUUUCAAUGGUGGUUGAGAUGAUGAUGUAAAUUAAACUUGGUGUGAGAGUGAUCAGAUAUAUAUUUAUCUAGUCAAAAAUGUCUUUUACCAGGUAUAAUCACCAUCUAUUUGUAAUAGAGAAAUUAAAUAUCUCUUAUAUUUUAUUCUUA